AUGUCAAAAAAUCUGAAGGAUAUUUGUCGAAAAGUAGUGGCAGUUGGACGAAACUAUGCAGACCAUGCAAAAGAAUUGGGAAAUAAAGUUGGAUCUUCGCCUACUAUAUUUUUAAAGCCUUCUAGUUGCAUCAUUGAAGAGGGAAAAAUUAAAUUACCAAAUGGGGCCAGUGAAGUCCAUCAUGAAGUCGAACUUGGUUUGGUAAUUGGGAAAUCACUGACAAAUGUCAAAGCAGAAGAAGUUUAUUCAGCAAUAUUAGGUUAUGUGGUUGCGUUAGAUCUAACUGAUCGACCACUUCAGAAUCAACUAAAAGCAAGCGGACUACCAUGGACGUUGGCUAAAUGCUUCGACACAGCUUGCCCCGUGGGGCCAAUUCUUCCAUUGGAAUCACUACCGGCCGGUAUUUUAACUUCUCGUCAGGAAUUCCAAAAAGUAGAUAAUGAGAUUUGGUUAAAAGUAAACCAGUUGGAACGACAACGAUCAAAACUGAAUAUGAUGGUCUGGACACCAGCAGAUUUAGUAUCGAUAAUUACCAAGAGAAUCUCACUACAAUAUGGAGAUCUAAUUUUAACCGGUACACCUGCUGGUGUAGGGCCUCUGAAAUCUGGUGAUGAAAUUGAAGCUGGAUUGGAUGAUUUAUGUUCUAUAAAAUUUAGCGUAGAAUAA